AUGAAUCUGUAUGAACAUAUUGUGAAAUUGUAUGCAUAUAGAUUUGAGAGGGGGAUAAAAAGGGACCUGAAGUUCCCAGAGGUGCCGUGCUGGAGCCGGCUGCGCUCCGUUCCCCGGCUGCUGUCCCGCAGGAAGCGAGUCCCGGCCGGCCCGGGGGACUCCAGCCUGCGCCGCUGCCUCUCGCCCCUGGACCUGGCUGCCCUGGGGGUGGGCAGCACGCUGGGGGCUGGGGUCUACGUCCUGGCAGGGGAGGUGGCCAAAACCAGCUCUGGCCCGAGCAUCGUGCUCUCUUUCCUGAUUGCAGCCGUGGUGUCUGCCCUGGCAGGGCUGUGCUACGCCGAGCUGGGGGCGCGUGUGCCCCUGGCUGGCUCUGCCUACCUGUACAGCUACGUGACAGUGGGGGAGCUCUGCGCCUUCCUGGCCGGAUGGAACCUGCUGCUGUCCUAUGUCAUCGGUACUGCCAGCGUUGCCCGGGCCUGGAGUGCUACCUUUGACCAGCUCCUGGGCAAGAGGAUGGGGAGGUUUUUGGGUGCUCACGCAGCCAUGAGCUCUGUGGGGCUGGCAGAGCACCCAGAUGCCUUUGCUGCUGGCCUGGUGGUCCUGCUGGCAGCGCUUCUUUCCUUUGGAGUGAAGGAGUCCACCAUGGUCAACAAAGCCUUCACAGCUCUCAACGUGCUCGUCCUGCUCUUUGUCACAGUGAGUGGCUUCAUCAAAGGCCACAUGAGCAACUGGAGGCUCAGGGAGGAUGACCUGCCACAGGCAGCUGCCCACGAGGCUGGGAACCAGUCCAUGGCUGACAACAGGACCAGUGCCUUUGGGGUGGGAGGCUUCAUGCCCUAUGGCUUCACUGGCACCUUGGCUGGAGCCUCUGCCUGUUUCUAUGCCUUUGUUGGAUUUGACUGCAUUGCUACCACAGGGGAAGAAGUGAGGGACCCGCAGAGAUCCAUCCCCAUGGGCAUCAUUCUCUCCCUUCUCAUCUGCUUCCUGGCCUACUUUGGGGUAUCUGCUGCCCUCACCCUGAUGAUGCCCUACUACCUCCUGGACACCACGAGCCCUCUGCCAGUGGCCUUUGAGUACAUUGGCUGGAGCAGUGCCAAGUAUGCUGUGGCUGUGGGGUCACUGUGUGCCCUGACCACCAGCCUUCUGGGCUCCAUGUUCCCCAUGCCAAGGAUCCUGUAUGCGAUGGCUCGGGAUGGGCUCCUCUUCCAGCCUCUGGCCAAAGUCAGUCGCCAUCAGUGCCCGGUGGUGGCAACUCUGGUGUCGGGGGCAGUGGCAGCUCUCCUGGCCCUUCUCUUUGACCUGAAAGCCCUGGUUGACACCAUGUCCAUUGGCACACUGCUGGCCUACUCCAUGGUGGCUGCCUGUGUGCUGCUGCUCAGGUACCGGCCUGAGCCCGGCCCUUGGGACACUCCUGUGGGGAAGGUCCCAGCUGUGCAGCCAUGGUGGAACCACCUGGUGCAGCCACCCCCCCAUCCCACCCCUCGCUCCUCUGCCCUGGUGGUCUGGGCUCUGACAGCUGCAGCUGCCCUGGCCUGUGCCCUGGGCUGGGUGAGCACUGCUGGGCUGCCCUGCCUGCGGGCUGGGGGUGCCUGGUGCAUCUCUGCUCUGGCCCUGCCUCUCCUGGGGAUCCUGGCAGCAGCUCUUCUCAUCUGGAGGCAGCCUCAGAGCCAGGACAAGGCGUCCUUCAUGGUGAGCACCCAGCCCAACCCUCAGGGUGUACCCAGGAACAGGGACCUGGGGCACAGAGAACAGGUUCCCUGCCUGCCCUUCCUGCCUCUCGUCAGCAUCUCCACCAACGCGGUGCUGCUGGCCCGGCUCAGCGCGGCCCCCUGGCUGCGGUACCUGCUCUGGAUGGCUGCGGGUUUCCUCAUUUACUUUGGCUAUGGGAUCUGGCACAGCACUGAGAGCCCCUGGCCUGAAGGGACAGGUCCCCAGGAGCUGCCCCAAAGCAGAGCCAGGGAGGUGCCCCUGGAGCCCCCUGGCACUGCCCUGUGCCCAUCUGCUCCGGGGCAAUGA